GUCCUUUUCAGUUGAGCUCAAAAUCGCGAGUUGGAUCAUGUCGGGUGGUUCAGCGGAUUAUACCAGAGAUCAUGGUGGCCCAGAAGGAAUGGAUCCUGAUGGUGUCAUUGAGAGCAAUUGGAAUGAAAUUGUUGACAAUUUUGAUGACAUGAAUCUGAAGGAAUCUCUUCUGCGAGGAAUUUAUGCCUAUGGAUUUGAAAAACCAUCUGCAAUUCAGCAAAGGGCAAUCAUACCAUGUAUCAAAGGGUAUGAUGUUAUUGCUCAGGCUCAGUCAGGUACUGGCAAGACAGCCACAUUUGCAAUUUCCAUUCUGCAGCAACUGGAGAUUGACCUCAAGGAGACCCAAGCUCUAGUACUGGCUCCCACAAGAGAAUUGGCUCAACAGAUCCAAAAGGUAAUUUUGGCCCUUGGUGACUACAUGGGUGCAACUUGCCAUGCAUGCAUUGGAGGCACAAAUGUUCGCAAUGAAAUGCAAAAGCUACAGGCUGAGGCACCUCACAUUGUUGUUGGGACACCUGGACGUGUGUUUGACAUGCUAAAUCGUCGAUACCUUUCACCCAAAUGGAUAAAAAUGUUCGUUUUAGACGAGGCAGAUGAAAUGUUGAGCCGUGGGUUCAAAGAUCAGAUUUAUGAAAUUUUCCAGAAGCUGAGCACCAACAUUCAGGUUGUCUUGUUGUCUGCUACAAUGCCAACAGAUGUUCUGGAGGUGACCAAAAAGUUCAUGAGAGAUCCUAUAAGAAUUCUUGUUAAAAAGGAAGAAUUGACCCUUGAGGGUAUAAAACAGUUCUACAUUAAUGUGGAGAGAGAGGAGUGGAAGCUGGACACACUCUGCGAUCUGUAUGAAACGCUUACUAUUACACAGGCUGUUAUUUUUCUUAAUACUAGAAGAAAAGUUGACUGGCUGACUGAGAAAAUGCAUGCUCGUGACUUUACAGUCUCUGCACUGCAUGGUGACAUGGACCAGAAGGAACGAGAUGUUAUUAUGAGAGAAUUUAGAUCAGGAUCAAGUCGUGUCUUGAUAACUACAGACUUGCUGGCACGUGGCAUAGAUGUGCAGCAAGUUUCAUUGGUUAUUAAUUAUGAUCUGCCAACUAAUCGUGAAAACUACAUUCACAGGAUUGGACGAGGAGGGCGUUUUGGUAGGAAAGGGGUGGCUAUAAACUUUGUUACAGAAGAGGACAAAAGGAUUCUUCGUGAUAUUGAGACUUUCUACAAUACUGCAGUGGAGGAGAUGCCUAUGAAUGUUGCUGAUCUUAUUUGAUACAUGGGAUGAGAUUUUGUUUGAAUGCAGUGCUCGCUGUUGCUGAAUAGGCAGAUCACAACGUGCAUUGUGCUUUCUUUGAAAAUAUACUCAAUCUUGUCUCAAUGCUUAUAAAGGAUUACAAUUUUUUUUGAUACUGCGACUAUUUGCAGUUGCCUGCUCUGGAAGGAAAUUUGUGGGCUUUAUUCCAGAUCUUAGACUGUUUGGGUGGGCUGUAAAGCGAUAUGGGGUCCUUACAUUUUGUGUUUGUUCUAAAUGUAUUUCCUAGUUCUCUUAAAGCAGUUCUGGAUGUUCUUUAUCAUUUAAUAAUUUACUUAUGGACUAAAAAAUAUAAGUGCUGUAAAAAAUCAGCUAAUUAUGUUAAACUAACAUAUACAACAUUAUUGUCGUUUUUAGAUUUUGAAUCAUUCAAAUUGGAAAGGUCUAUUGUAUUUUUUUUAAAAAUAUUUAUUAAAGUUAGUGUGGUAGACCCUAUACCCAAUAAAAGUCUUAUGGCUUAAUUGCAAAGUUGCCAUAUUGCACAUAUCUUGAUGAAGUUUAAAUGUUUAAUAAACUAUUUACUUGAA